AUGAGCAUGCAAGAGGUCACCGCCCAUGGCUCGCUGGUGCGCCGGGACUCCAGCGACUACCAGAGCCGCAUCAACGUCUUGGGGAAGCCGGACCCCCGGUGCAAGCUCCGGCACACGGACUUCGUGGAGAUGACGGCGCCGCUUCUGUCUAACAAGGUUCUGGCGCUGAUCCUGAAGGAUUGCGUGGACUGCGUGCACGACAAAGCGGAGUGGGGCCUGGACAGGGUGUGGUGCAAGCUGGCGCAGAAGUUGAUGCUGGAGAGCUCCAAGCCCUGCGCGAUGCUGGACGCGGCGCCGGUGCAGCACUUGGACUGGAAGAAGGCCGUGGUGACCGCGGAUUUCAAGGCUUCAGAGCUAGCAGUGAAGUCGGAAUACCCCGAGUACUGGUCGGACGUGCGGAACAUCGACUGCGCCACUCGGAUGCCCUUUGCCACUGGAGGCCUGGAUGGUGCGAUGUUGGAUGCGAGAGGCUCCGAUCGACCGGAUGGUCUGGAGAUGCGCCUCCCGUUGGCUUUGCUCGCUUUGAUCCAGCUUGCCUUGGCUGAGCGUAUCGACGAUGUUCGACUUGAUCUGGAGCCUGAGGCACCAGCGCAGGACCAGCGCCAUGGAAGCUCGGGCUUUCCUGCCUCGGCCCUUCAGCGGCGCGCGGCCCGCAGCGCCCGUGCGGGCGCCGGCGCGGGCGCUGGGGAGGCGGCGGUGGCGGUGGCGGCGAGCGCCAGCGGGGCGCGGAUGAUGCCGGGCAUGGCGGGCUGGCGCCGCUUCCAGGAGGGCCACCAGGAGCCCGUGGCGCUGGGCGCCUGGCGAGUGGACCUGGCGAACAUGGCGCAGUACCGCGCGGAGGACCCCGCGCGCCGCCGCGCCGUGCGGCGGGAUGCGCCCCCGACACCUGGGCCGCCGGCGCCGGCCCCGGCGGUGUCUGCGCCGGCGGCGGCUUCGGCUUCGGCUUCGGAUUCGGGGGCGCCGGCGAAGCGGCCGCGAUUGCUGGAGCUUUUGUCCUCCGCCAGUGACGCAGAGCUUUUGAGUGGAGACCUGGUGCAGCUGGCGCCGGCGCAGCGCACGGCGCUGGCGCAGCGCUUUCAGCGCCUGGCGCGUCUCUGCGAGGGCUGUGCCGUCGUGGCGGGCCCGGCGGCCGCGGCGCUGGAGGCGGCAAACCCGGGGCAGCCGACCAAGGAGCCUGCGGUGAGGUGGUUCCGAUCCGAUGCCUCCAAGAGCUGCGCCGAGGGCCGGAUGAGCAUGGUGAAGUUCCGCCUGGUGCGGCUCUUCGCUCGGAUCGGCACGCUGCCGGUGCUUUUCCAAGUUCGCAGCGCCGACGUGGUGAACGCGGAGGCGGAGUUCAACCAACACAAGCUGUCGGUGUUGAAGGAGGACGAGACGGAAGGGGAGUUGCUUUUCCCACCGCCGCCCUAUGAGUUCUCUGCGGACGGCGAGUCAGACAUCGAUGUGCAGAUGAUGCCCCUAAAGGCCAUGGAGGCGAUCCGUGCCCGGUGCGGGGUGACGGAUGCCCGGCCGGCCAACGAGUGGCUCUGUGCGGUGCUCAAGGCCUUGAUCGAGGUCAUGUUCGAGAAGCACCGCAAAGACCUGGGGGACAACACGUUGGAUGAGCUCGAGGAGAUGUGCGGCGAAGGCGGCCACUUUGAUGCGCAGUACCUGCCAUCCGAGGUGAUGCCGAUGAUGGAGAUGGUCAAGGAAAAGAUGGAGCGCGACGCGGCGGCCAAGGCGGCUGCGGCGCCGGGCGAAGGCGGCCCUGCAUGA